UGAAGAAAAACAUGAAAUGAUUUGACUGCCCUGGUGCUCACAGAAGACAGUAGCUUCAAAAGACAUUGUUUUUUGGCAACUUCAUGAGUUGCAUUUAUUCCUGUGGCUGGGAAGCACGCUGUCAGGCCUCUCAGUCUGUAGGAACCAUUCCUCAAAGCAGCUGUAUCCUCUAAGGCAGUGAUGGUGAGGGUUGAAGAGUGAAGGGAACGGAAGGCAUGUUAGAGGGACUGGGAUGGGUGACUGCAGGUGCAGUUUGAAAAAUCACUGCAGUUCAAUAUGCAUGUUAUUUUAUAAUACAAAUUCACUGGCCCCUCAGUAAAACCCUUGGGUUGAAGAUAUACACAUGAUAGUGUGGGAUAGAAGUUAACGUGACCAAGCCCGUAAUGGCUAGAGACUGUGCUCUGGGACAAAGGGUGGGUCUCUGAUGGAGCUGUUGGAGCACUUGAUUAGAAAGCAGGAAAUGUGGGUUUGAGUUUUGGUUUUGCCGCCAACUAGAGCUGCGACUUUGGGUAACUCAGUCUUUCUGGGUCUCAAAUUAAUCUGUAAAAUGAGAAAAUCAGACUAGAUAGUCUCCAAGGUCUUAGGCAUUUUAAGUUUGCCUCUGGUUAAAGGAAAACUCUGUGAGCAGCUGCAUCUGACUGGUUGUCAAGGUACCUUCUCACUCAGGGCACUGUGACAGACACAGGGUUGUAAGCUGUAAUGUGGAGACGACUUUCCUCUUUGGCAGUAGAUCUUCAUGGAGGAACACGGAGUGACCCAAACUGAACACAUGGCUACCAUAGAAGCCCAUGCAGUGGCCCAACAAGUUCAGCAGGUCCAUGUGGCUACCUACACUGAACACAGUAUGUUGAGUGCUGAUGAAGACUCACCUUCUUCUCCUGAGGACACCUCGUAUGAUGAUUCAGACAUACUCAACUCCACAGCGGCUGAUGAAGUAACAGCCCAUCUGGCUGCUGCAGGUCCUGUGGGAAUGGCUGCUGCUGCUGCUGUGGCAACAGGAAAGAAACGGAAACGGCCUCAUGUGUUUGAGUCUAAUCCGUCUAUCCGGAAGAGACAGCAAACACGUUUGCUUAGGAAACUUCGAGCCACAUUAGAUGAAUAUACUACUCGAGUGGGACAGCAAGCUAUUGUCCUUUGUAUCUCACCCUCCAAACCCAACCCUGUCUUUAAAGUGUUCGGUGCAGCACCUUUGGAGAAUGUGGUGCGUAAGUACAAGAGCAUGAUCCUGGAAGACCUGGAGUCUGCCCUGGCAGAGCACGCCCCUGCGCCACAGGAGGUUAACUCAGAGCUGCCGCCUCUCACCAUCGAUGGAAUUCCAGUCUCUGUGGACAAAAUGACUCAGGCCCAGCUUCGGGCAUUUAUUCCAGAGAUGCUGAAGUACUCCACAGGUCGGGGAAAACCAGGCUGGGGUAAAGAAAGCUGCAAGCCCAUCUGGUGGCCUGAAGAUAUCCCAUGGGCAAACGUUCGGAGCGAUGUCCGCACAGAAGAGCAAAAGCAGAGGGUUUCAUGGACCCAGGCACUACGGACCAUAGUUAAAAACUGUUAUAAACAGCAUGGGCGGGAGGACCUUUUGUAUGCUUUUGAAGAUCAGCAAACACAAACACAGGCAACAACCACACACAGUAUAGCCCAUCUUGUACCAUCACAGACCGUAGUCCAGACCUUUAGUAACCCUGAUGGCACUGUCUCGCUUAUCCAGGUUGGUACAGGGGCAACAGUAGCCACAUUGGCUGAUGCUUCAGAAUUGCCAACCACAGUCACUGUUGCCCAAGUGAAUUAUUCUGCUGUAGCUGAUGGAGAGGUGGAACAAAAUUGGGCCACGUUACAAGGAGGUGAGAUGACCAUCCAGACGACACAAGCAUCAGAGGCUACCCAGGCGGUGGCAUCAUUGGCAGAGGCUGCAGUGGCAGCUUCUCAGGAGAUGCAGCAGGGAGCCACAGUCACCAUGGCACUCAACAGCGAAGCUGCCGCCCAUGCUGUCGCCACCCUGGCCGAGGCCACCUUGCAAGGGGGGGGACAGAUAGUCCUGUCUGGGGAAACCGCAGCAGCUGUCGGAGCACUUACUGGAGUCCAAGAUGCUAAUGGAGUAAUCACCGGUUCUACCCAAUUCUGGAAGACCCCUCGAGGACUGGUCCAGAUCCCUGUGAGCAUGUACCAGACUGUGGUAACCAGCCUCGCCCAGGGCAAUGGGCCGGUGCAGGUGGCCAUGGCCCCUGUGACCACCAGGAUAUCGGACAGCGCAGUCACCAUGGACGGCCAGGCUGUGGAGGUGGUGACGUUGGAACAGUGACAUGCAGCCAUAUCAUGGCAUCGUUUUCUAGUCUACUUCAAAAUUUUUACACGUUUGCAGAGGUGCAAUCAAAUGGAAUUAAGUCUCUCGACUUUGGAAGAAAAGUUUUGUUAACCUUUUUUUUAAAAAGGAAGAAAGGCAGCGGAUUUUGGAAUUGCAUUUUUUUAAAGCACCACUUGAUUUUCUGGGAUUGGUGGAACAAGAUACUGCAUUGUCAAUUUCACUGUCCCAAAAAAGCCAAAUUGUGGCAAGGACUUCUUUCUGCGAAAACGUGUGUAUACUUCUGUGUGUGUAUGUGUGAGUGUGAAUAUAUGUAUAUGUGUACAUAUGGAUAUACACAUUUACAUAUAUAGAUAAAGUAUAUAUAUGU